AUGGCUUUUAUUGUCCAACGCAGGGAAGUUGUAUCCGUUCACAUCGGCCAGGCGGGGGCGCAGAUAGGCAACGCUUGUUGGGAGCUUUAUUGCCUGGAGCACGGCAUUCAGCCGGACGGACAAAUGCCGUCGGACAAAAUGAGCGUAGGAGAUGACUCUUUCAGUACUUUUUUCAGCGAAACAGGAUCCGGAAAACACGUGCCUCGAUCGGUAAUGCUGGAUUUAGAACCAACUGUCCUCGAUGAAGUGCGCACAGGUACCUAUAGGCAAUUAUUUCAUCCCGAGCAAUUGAUAUCCGGAAAGGAAGAUGCAGCAAAUAAUUAUGCCAGAGGUCAUUACACAAUUGGUAAAGAACUAAUAGAUAUAACACUUGAUAGGAUUCGUAAACUAGCUGAUCAAUGCGGUGGUCUUCAAGGUUUUCUAAUAUUCCAUUCCUUUGGAGGAGGCACUGGCUCGGGUUUCACAUCUUUAAUGAUGGAACGCUUGGCCGUUGACUACGGCAAAAAAUCUAAAAUAGAAUUUGCUAUUUAUCCAUGUCCUCAAAUAUCAACAGCAGUAGUUGAACCAUAUAACGCGCUUUUAGCUUGUCACUCAACUUUGGAGUUAUCAGACUGCGCCUUCAUGGUGGACAAUGAAGCGAUAUAUGAUGUAACAAGAAGAUUUUUAGAUAUAGAACGUCCAACAUACUCAAAUCUGAAUAGAUUGCUGGCACAAAUUGUGUCGUCCAUCACUGCUUCCCUGAGAUUCGAUGGAGCAGUAAAUGUAGAUUUUUCAGAAUUCCAAACUAAUUUAGUUCCAUAUCCCAGAAUCCACUUUCCACUUACAACAUACGCUCCAAUUGUCUCUGCCGAAAAGGCUUACCACGAAUCUUUGACUACAACAGAAAUUACAAAUGCCUGCUUUGAUCCCUCUAAUCAAUUAGUUAAAUGUGAUCCCAGGCAUGGCAAAUAUAUGGCGUGUUGUCUAUUAUACAGAGGCGAUGUAGUUCCGAAAGAUGUAAAUGCUUCUAUCGCGACUAUAAAAUCGAAACGAAGUAUUCAGUUUGUGGACUGGUGUCCUACGGGGUUUAAAGUUGGAUUAAACUAUCAACCGCCAACUGUGGUUCCUGGAGGUGAUUUGGCAAAAGUUCAGAGAGCUGUGUGCAUGCUAUCAAAUACUACUGCGAUUGCAGAAGCAUGGGCCAGACUAGACCAUAAGUUUGAUCUCAUGUUCGCCAAAAGAGCUUUUGUCCAUUGGUACGUAGGCGAAGGCAUGGAGGAAGGCGAGUUUGCAGACGCGCGUGAGGAUUUAGCGAGUCUUGAAAAAGAUUACGAAGAAGUCGGACUAGAUUCUGGUUACGACGAAGGAGAAGAAGAAUAUUGA